AUGUUCUCUUCCAAAGCGGUCCUGAUCAUCACUGGGUCAUGGCAUCUCCCGCAACACUACCAAAAGGUCACAUCCCUCCUCCAAGAAAAGGGCAUUCGAACCAUAUGCCCAGCCCUUCCAACCAACAACAAUGCCUACCCGCCAAACAAAGCCCUCCACGAUGACGUCAAGUUCAUAAAAGACAUAAUCGCCAAUGAAGCAGCGGCGGGUACACACAUGACUGUUGUAGGGCACUCAUGGGGCGGAAUACUAGCGUCGGCUAUCUGUGGUGAAUUCGCUGUCAAGCCCUCUGAUACAAAGGGCGGAGUCACAAACAUCUUCUACAUGGCGGCGUUUAUACCGUCUGAAUAUGAGUCUCUGGCAGGUUUAUUCGGCGGAAAACUUCCGCCGAGCUUGACUCCACUUGUUGACGGGACGCUGGCGUUUGAUGACCCGAAGGAACGGUUUUAUAAUGACCUCUCGCCGGAGGAGGCUGAUAAGGCGGCGGAGUUGUUGGUGUAUAGUCCUACGAAUAUUCACUAUACGCCGAUUAGUUGUGACACGGUGGCGUGGAGAUUGGUCCCCGUGAGUUACUUGAUUUGCGAGAGGGAUACUGCGUUGCCAGCGUUUGUGCAGGAACAGAUGGUGCAAAAGGUCAAGGGGGAGGGCUACGACAUGCAUGAGUACAGGCUUCCUGCUUCGCAUAGUCCGUUUUUGAGCAUGCCUAGGGAGGUGGUGGAGAUUAUUGCUGGCCUUGUAGACAAGUAUUAG